AUCCCAUGCCAUAUUGGUGCUAAUUGAAAACCCAUCUGGUUUUUUCUUUUUUCUUUACCAAAGAGCAAAUUCCGGUGCCUUUGGUUGUGGCUUCUUAAUUUGUUGAUAUAAAGUUUCUUCAUUUUAAUUUCGCUUGUUUCCGGCGGGUUUGUUUUUGGAGAUUGUGAUUAGUUUCAAGAGAAAGUUCGCUUCUGCAUGAUACACCAGCUUUACUCCCCAGGUUUGUUCUUUUUGUUGAGAAUCGAGUGCUCAUUCAUUAUAAUUUAUAAGGAAAAUGCCUGCUACUUGGCUUUGAAAAUUUCUCCAAGGAAUACUCAGCACUCAUUUCGGGCAGAUUCGUUAUGCAAUUCAACCUCUGCUGCUCCUUCAAAUCCUCCGGAAGGUGAAGAUAGGAUGGCUGUAGGAGUGCGGAGUAGGUGUACUCGUGCUCCCCCUUCUUCACUCUUGAUAAGAAUGGCUAUGAGGAUAUCAAGAGCAAGGCAAGGUUCCAAACCAACCAACACCACAACACUGUAUGUGACAACAGAUUUCAAAGACAAAAUCAUGCUUGUGAUUCCUUUAGCAUUUGUGGAGGGUAGUGAUAGAUCUUCGGGGGGUAAUGAGCUAUCCCGAGCACACCAAAGAAUACCAUGGAUUGCCUUAGCUAACCAAUCUUUAUAGUUAGAUAAGGGAGCUACACCUUCCAUGUAGAAUUUUGAGUUGACUCCAAAGGUUCGAACGAUGUAGCAGGUCAUGGGCAACUUGCAACAAUAAUAGUGUUUUGGCCCCACUUUUAUCAUAUUUUGAAUAAAAAUCUAUAUCCAGCAAGAGAAAUGUGGCGAAGGAGAGGGCAAGCUUACCAAUCAGCCUGGCCUUUAGCUGGCCCUUUGUCGCUUCAUUGUUGAGAUGCAUUUGGAGGACUUCAGAUAGAUUCUUCAUCUUCUCAUUAAUUGGAUUUAGCAAAGCUCUCAUUGCUAAUUGGCAAUAAACCUUGAGAAAUUUC